UAUGCGAGGUGUAUUAGCCGAUAGAGGGCUCACUGAUAAAGAACACUAAACUGAAAUCCAAAUGCGAAUCGCUGAAUAUGGGGGCAAGUUUAUUAUUUUUCGUGUUAAUUUGUGCAAAUUUUAUAAUCAAAGUGGAGCUUGGCGGGGACUGUAGUACCCGCUGUGAAUGGUCAGGAUGGAGCUCUUGGUCUGAAUGUAACAGAAAAUGUGCUGGCGGACAUCAAAAACGUUCUAGGGAGUAUUGCUGCGACGCAGAACUAGAAAUUGAAGACUGUAUGGCGGCGUGCGGCAAGGAUUAUAACACAAUGAGACGUGGUUUCCGAGAAACUAAGGGCUGUAAUGAAGAUUGUGAUCACGGCGGACAGUUCCUUUUCUCUGGACAUUGUCAAUGCCCUGCUAGAUACCGCGGGACUUGCUGUCAAGAUGUGGUUACCUGUGGACAACCCAGUACAAUUUCUCAUGGUAGUUUCACCGGAAGUGAUUUUACCUAUGCGGGCAAAAUUCAAUACACGUGCAACAAGAAGUAUAACAUGACAAUCCCUUCACAAUCCACUCGCACCUGCUCGUCACAUGGAUAUUGGAACGGAAGUAACCCAACUUGCUUAUAUGCAACUUCGUGUGAAAGCAGUCCAUGUAAGAAUGGGGCUAGUUGUGAGAAUUUGUUGGGUGACUAUCGUUGUGUAUGUUUGUCCGGGUGGACAGGGAAAAAUUGCGAAAUUGAUGUGCAACCACCGAUUGUCCAAGGAUGUCCAGCAGACCGGAAUAUUGUCACAUCAGACUUGACAAGUCGCCAAAACUGGUCUGAACCAAAUAUCACAGAUCCCCACGGUACACAAGUUGUCAUAACAAAGAAUUACCAAAAAAGUGAAUUUGUAUUUCCAUGGGGAGAGUUUACUAUACAAUAUAGUGCUGUCAAACCUUCCAACGGACUACGAGCGGAAUGCAAGUUCAAUAUCUCGGUAAAACCAUUUCCAUGUAAGAAGAUGGACGCGCCCACAGAUGGCAUGAUCCUCUGUAACGGCUGGAGACAAGAUUAUUCUCAGGUCUGCGUGUUUGUAUGCAAGACGAACUAUACUUUACCACCCGGAUAUAAAGCAGACGACAUCUAUGUUUGUGGUGCCACGGGUAACUGGCUUCCGGUGAAUCCUGUUCCGCACUGUGUGUCCAAAAAUCUUUUCCCAGCCAGUCAAGUUAAAAGUUUUUCUACGUGUACUGAACCAGCUGAUAAGAAGAUGAUAUCAGAGUUCUAUAUAGAGUUUUUGAAGAAAUCUGCAGUGAACGCGCUCUGUGAACAACACGCAGACGCCUGUGUACCGGACAAUGUAGAUAUUCGAUGUUAAACAAGCGCACGCUUUACACCUUUAGAAGUAGCACAUAUAUAUACAAACUGGGUGACACUAUGAUAAGAUUUAAGAAUAUAUUCUGCACUAACAGUUUAUAAAAAGUGUUACUAAUGUUAAAUAAACAAAACAUUUAUUCUGUUAUGUGAAGAAAGAAAGGUUAUGUAUUUAUUUUUAUUGGUUUGAAAUUUUAUUUAUUUACUUUUUACUUGUUUUACACACUGUUUGAGUAUAUCGAGUAAAACAAAAUAAUGAACAAACCAAUUGGUCGUUUAACAUUUUUAUUUUACCCUUUAAUGUUUUUUUUUGUGACAAAUGUAUUAAAGAUAGAAUGUUUGCUUUUUCAAUAGCGUAAGGUAAUACACUUUAUUAUAUUAAACUCAAUACUAUAUUACAGAAAUUGUUUGAACCCCGUUGAAUAAAAUAAAAAGAUAUAACAUUUA